GGACACUUUUUGUGUUUUGGAGCUCCACCCCCAUCGGCUCUCUUUUGCUGCUGCUGCCAAGCCCGCUGCAUCAUCAGGCCAUUUUCAUACUCCCUCAUUCACCAUGACAGCACAGAGUGCAGAGGACUUGGCCACCGUGCUGGAGCAGCAGAAGAUCCACUCAGAUGAGCCCACCAUAGAGGACGCCAAGGACGACGACGACGAUGAAGACGAUGAUGACGACGAGUUUGACGCCCUUGAUGGAGACGAUGGUCAUGGCGAAGGUGAAGAUGAUUCAGCUGCGGGUGGUAAGUCCAAGCAGAGCCGUGGUGAGAAGAAGAGCAGGAAGGCCAUGCAAAAGCUUGGCAUGAAGCCCGUGACUGAAGUCACACGGGUUACUAUCAAGAAGAGCAAGAAUAUCCUCUUUGUGAUCUCGAAGCCUGAUGUGUUCAAGAGCCCUGCAUCAGACACUUACGUAAUCUUCGGCGAGGCAAAGAUUGAGGAUUUGAGUUCUCAAUUGCAGAGCCAAGCAGCUGAGCAGUUCAAGGUGCCAGAGGCUGCCAACUUUGAGGCCAAGUCUGCUCCCUCUGCUGCGGCUGAAGCUGACGAUGAGGGAGAUUUUGAUGAAACAGGCGUGGAGCCUAAGGAUAUUGAGUUGGUUAUGACACAGGCCGGAGUUUCACGUGCCAAGGCUGUCAAAGCCCUUAAGUCAACUGAUGGAGAUAUUGUUAGUGCUAUUAUGAACCUUACAGGUUAAGAUAUUAUGGUUUGUCCUGAUCUUUGCAGUAAGAGACCGGGUGUAAGCUGAAUUAUAUUGUCACAAUGGAUAGUUGUAUUCCGAGAUGCAUCUUGGUGCCCGUAAUGAAAAACGAAGCGACUUCUUCUACAUUUGAGGACUCUUCCGUUCUCCACUUAAA